AUGCCCUCCCUACCUCCCGAGCUUAUUCUUCUUAUUGUAGAAGCCCUGAUUCCAUCAAGCCCACCCAUAUUCCCUCCAGGCCACGCGGUCACUCGCACUCUGCUUAGCCUGACCCUCACCUGCAAAUUGACACAUCGUCUGGCCCAGGAGCUCCUCUUCACCCACUGUCUACACCUAAACUCAGGCAAGAGGAUCCACGACGCCGUUAAUCAGAGCAGUCUCUGCAAGAUCUCCCCCCAUGGCUCCAACAAAGUCGAGGCAACCCGCGCCAGAUCCCUCUUCCUUGCCUUCCCAUCAGCGCCAACCCUCAACCUCAACUCAACAGAUACGCAGAUAAUCCAGCUCUUAUCAACCUUUAACACUGAAAUCCGCCGUCUGGUUAUUGAUCUCCCGCUACGAAACCUCAUCUAUGAUAAUGCACCCGCUACCUACGAUGACUCAAGUCCCCAGCGCGAAAUCACCCGUGCAAUUUGCCGCCUGAAAGCUGUCGAGGAAUUCUGUUGUCAGCGCGAUGGUCUCGGCGCUGCCCCCUAUAGACAGCCGUGGCUCGAUACAUACGAAAUCCAUCUCUGGACGCUAGACUCUGCUCUUCUGUGGUCCCGGCUCCGGCGGCUGGCGCUGUGCAAUCCGUCCUUUGACAGCUUGUUCAUCUUCUCGCUGCGAUUCUGUCGGAACCUCACCCAUCUGGCUUUUACAUGUCCUGCCACGAUAGAAGAGGAGUACGAGGAGUCCCAGCUGAAACUCCUAGACGUUGACGUUGCGCAAACAUGGAGUGCUCUGGAGCGCGUGCUCAUCAUCCAAGGAGACGGACCCCUUGAAACAACAGAGCGUUGGGAUUUCUGGGAGAACAGACUGGUCAGACAGCAUUCUGGUCGCGGGAACUGGGGGCGCAGCUUUCUGGGGACGUUGAUGCUUGCCGUGCAGAAUGCCGCGCGGUCGCGUGCCGACUUCCGGCCGGAGCUGGUGUACAUUGAUGCGCCGAAGACGGCGCAGUUUGACGCGGAGGAUUACGCUACGUUUCAGGAGUGGACGGGGGCGCGUGCGCUGGAUGGGAGUUUGUGGGAGUAUCCCGGGUUGGUCUAUGACGUGGAUGCUCAUGGGGGAGUCGCGGCGGCGAUGGUUGCUGGUGCUGGGGGUGGAUCCCCAGUAUACCAACCCAAUGACUGA